GUCUUUUGCUGCUCUCAGCUCGACCUCUUCACGCAAGAGCUAUCCCUCGAGCAGACUGUAAAUUUCUUGUGCUAUCACUCAUCCGCGGGUAUGCUCCUGAUGAGCUGGAUAUCAAUAGCAUGUCAGCUUGGUCUACUGGCAACAGCACGCGCACAAGCAACAUCCAAUUCCACGCUCGAUGCAGUCUCCAUUCAGACUUCGAGCGCUAGCUCGCCCACCCCUCUGCCUUCGCCUUCGGGUGGCAUUAUCGUGUAUGGGAACACCGUCUAUACGACAGUGAUCGGCACCACUGUAUCGUUUCAAUCGGUCACUUCUGUCCUCUCGCCAGUGAGCAACAGUCCGACCCGAACUUUCAUUACUGCGGUACCCACCUCAAUGGCCGUCUUCGCGACUGUGACGAAGCGCAUACCAAUUUCUACGCAGGUGCCCGAUCCUACGCCCACGCCCUUGCUUCCUGGCACGAUCGCUACAAACGGAAAGCCGAUACUCAAUUUGGAUACACACAUCGACCCAGCCUUUGCGCUGUUGGCAGCUUGGCUCAUACUCACAGGAUUACCUAUCUUGCUGCUCGGGCCUCGUCACAGAUGGAUUGGUCAUUUCGUCGCUGGCUGGUAUCUCGUUGCUCUUGUUAUCCUUGUCUGCGUACUCCGCUUCGGCAUACAGAACCAAGUCGUUGCGCCGGGCGUCGGUCUCCGUGUCGGCUUCUUCUUUAUAUGCUCUGGCAUCUCACUGCUAGGAGCUGUCAUUUCUGCAGUCUAUCGUCAGGCUACACAAUCGUUCACGGUCGCACCCCUGGCCAGCUUCCUCUUUGCGCUAUAUCUACAGUCUGUCCGCUCAGAUGGACUGUUGCGCGAUGACAGCGCAAAGUGGGUUUUUAUGCUCGCCACCACCGUCACCUGGUUCUCUCUUGGCUGCGUACCACGCUUUCAGAAUGCUGUACAGACGAUCUCUUUUGCCUGGCUUGGCGCAAUAGCAUUCAUCGUCGGCAUUGAUUGCGUUACUUGUAUGGGCUACAAAGAGAUGCUCAUCUGGAAUCUCGGCUUCAAGAUCUUUCCAUCCCUUGCUCUGCACUUCCCCAUGGUCGUCGGCAUUGCAAUCGAAGUAGCGGCAAUCCCAUUCGUGGCUGUAGUCGGUAUCGUCGUACAGGUUCGCUAUGCCACGUUCUUGAAGCUUCGUCACGAAGCGGAAAUCAGCGAAGAGCUCACUCGAGAGACCGAUCACGAGCGCUGGUCGGCCUCUGAUGGAUCUUCUCGUCGCCCGUCCGGCGUGCUGCCAUAUGAUCGCAAGGAAUGGGAGAAACGAUACCCUGCGAGCAUGCAUUCGACGCAAUCAACACUUGCCUGCAAAUACGCACCUGCGUCAACCGACGGCUGCGCAGAAGCAAAGAGGCCGCCUGCUCGCAAGGCGCUCAUUGUGGCGCCAGACUUCGACUCGCUGCCGAAAAAGCGUAUGUCCAAUUACAACUGGCUGUCGACCUUACUUCCACACGGUGGCCGUGACCCGCGCGAUGUUGUCGUAGCUAGGAUUACGAAGAAAAGAGGCUCACUGCCUCGAUACGUCAGCGAUCGACCUGGACCGACGGAAGCCUUCAUGCCUGCGCCCGAAUGUAGUCCGCCAAGCACGAGCGAGCCCGAUGACCGAAGGCGCUCAUGCAUCUUCUCAACCGAUCCCGCCGCACGCACAUCAGCGAUCAUUUCGGAGGGACAGCGUGCCGUACUAGAGGAGCGCGAGAGGACAAAAGCAGAGAUUCAGCUGUUGCGCAAAUCAAUCAACGACCUAAGCGAGGCGAUUACCCCGCCAAAAGGUGCUCGCCCCCGUUCGUUCUCCUCGCCGCAGUCACUGUCUCGCAAAAGGUCGCCUCCGGCCGUGCCAGCGAUUGAUCCGAACUACGCGAGCCUCUAUCGUGCGCCUGCGGGUCUUCAGCACAAGGCCCAACGAGAGUCUAUUGCAACGCGACCCGCUUCGCCUUCAUCGUCUGUGGCCUCGUCUCGACACAAUCUGCCGAAAGCUGGCUCAGCAUCGUUGCCCGCGGAGAAGAUGCUAUUGUCCGAGCUCUCUGCUGGGCAAGAUCGUCGUCAGCGGGCUGCAAACAAGCGUAUGUCUUACGUCUCUAGCGAUGGAGCACCACCACCUUUGGUCAAGUUCGAUGCGCCCAGCGACCCGUUUGCAGGGAAUCACAGACAGCGCCUCUCGUUCGUAGCUACGUCAGCACCACUAUCUGCUAAGAUUGCAGGAAGGGCGCCGGAUCCCUGGACCGGUAGGCCACUGGAAGAACUUCUCGAGCAUUCACGCUCUGAUACAGCAGACGAUCCUGUGAAGCAUGAUCUCAUGUCGCGUCACCGUCAAAGUUUGGCAAAGAUGCAGAGGCCUGUCAGUCUUGUACUCAGCAGCGAUAGUCAGCCAUCGUCACCCGAACGACCGCGGGCAAGUCGUGGUCAGCUGAUUAGGGAGGCACUGGAUGCAAAGCGCAAAGAAGACUCACGCUCGCUACGUUCGUUCAAAUUACGUUCUGGGUCUAUCAAUCAAGGAGCAGAAGAGACUUUGCGGUCAUCUGUCACUUCAGACAAGCGCGUGGCUGCGACAAGCACGAAUGAACGCACAUCCACAAUACAGCAGCCUGGCGCAAUUCAAAUCACUCGUCCAGCUUCUCCACCUGGCAAACGCGGCUCUCUACUGGCAGAUGCAUUCGACAUGGAGCGUCUGCGCUUCGUCAACCAGGCAUCGUCCCGUUAAUACUACACUCGCAUCCCUCUUGUUGUCAAUCUAUUCAAUCGAAGGUCGUCUAGACAGUUUGUCCUUGACAUCGAGCCAUUUAUCGACGGCGAAAUCGACGCAAGCAGGUGCGCUGCAGAACACCAUGAAUGGUCCAAAGCAGACUGCCUGG